UUUCCUAUUACCCAUAAUACAUGAGGCCACGUCUGCAGUAGUUCCGACUGAACGUGGAAAGGUGUCAUAGCCUGCAAAAAUGAACAUUUUCAGACUUGUUGGAGAUAUGAGCCAUUUAUUGGCCAUUAUCAUCCUUCUUAUGAAAAUGUGGAAAUCAAGAUCAGUUGCAGGUAUUUCUGGCAAAAGUCAAAUACUUUUUGCCAUUGUUUUUACAACAAGAUACCUGGACUUAUUCACAUCAUUUGUUUCCAUCUACAACACGUCAAUGAAGGUCUUUUUCAUUGGAACAUCGUACGUGACUGUGUACUUUAUUUACCAACAUUUCAAGCCAACCUACGACUCCAACCAUGACACAUUUAGAGUGGAGUUCCUGAUUGUGCCUGUUGGGGGCCUUGCUUUCCUGGUCAACCACGAGUUUUCACUGCUUGAGAUUCUGUGGACUUUCUCCAUUUACCUGGAGUCGGUUGCCAUCCUUCCCCAACUGUUCAUGGUGAGCAAGACUGGAGAGGCAGAAAGCAUCACCAGCCAUUACCUGUUUGCCCUGGGCUCCUACCGAGCACUCUAUCUCCUAAACUGGAUUUACAGAUACUACUUUGAGGGAUUUUUCGACCUGAUCGCUGUUGUUGCCGGAUGUGUCCAGACAAUACUCUAUUGCGAUUUCUUCUACCUCUACAUUACUAAAGUUCUUAGAGGCAGAUCAAUAAGACUACCCCCAUAAUUAUAUUUCUGAAGGGUAAGAAGAUCAGUUUGCCAGCCUAGAAAGAAUACAAGUCCAAUAUCAACUAUCUUCAUCUUAAAAUGGGAUUAAGAGGCCAAAGGCUGGUGUACAUAAAAAUUAACAGCUACCGGCAGAUUGAAACAUUGGAACUGAAGCGUUUGUGCUUUAUAUAAAUCUUUUGCAGUCUUUGUUUUAGAGAAAAAGUUAUUAAAUUCUAUCUUGUUUUAUUGUAGUGUUUUUGUGCAUGUAAGUUAUUUGAAUAGUAAAUGUAUUAAAUGUGUGAAUGAGCUAUUAUCGAAUUUUGGUCUUGAUAGAAUGUAUCGUAUCUGAUACAAAUGAGAAGUAUUUAUAUGUUUUAGAUAAAUGUUUUAUGUUGUUCAUAGUAAAAGAGGAAAGUGUGUAUCAUAGACUGUUACCAGUUCUUGUCAUAAAUAAAUUGUUGCAUACAAUUACAAUGAACUAAAAAAAUUCAUUUGGCUUUACUUUGUUUUGUUCUUAAAUAUGUUUACUGUCGGUUGAUGAUGCUGUAAACAUAUUAAAACCAGCGAUGGGAAAAAACUAUCAGGAAUUUAUGAUCAUUAGCUAAUUAAGUGUAUUACUGGUAGGCAUUAAGAAAUUAUCUACCGGUAUCUCAUUAAUGGUUCACAUUUUAACCAAAUUAAGUAACUAAAUAAUUCAUCGUAUUUGAAGAUUUUUUAAAAUAAAUUAUAAGUAAAAUUUUAAGAUUUAAGGAUGUAAUAUUAAUUACUGGUAGAAUCAAAAUUUAGAAUGUGUAUGUAAAUACACAUUUUUUAUUAAUACCAAAAGUCUAGUCUCUGUAUUGGACAGAGAAGAUGGUGAUUGUAUAAUAAAGAGUUUCAUGGUAAAUGGACCAGAUAGGAAAAAUAGGAAGUCAGCACUUAUUGUUAAACAAAUUAAAACAGUUGUUAACAAUUAUUGUUGUCAAGAUAAAACAAUAUUUUCAGAUGCAUUUCAAAGAACUAUAAAAUAUAGGAAAGCAACUUAAAGCCACACACCUUGAAAUAAAAUGCAAAGCAUAGUAAAUUUAAGUAUAAAUAAGAAACAUAUUUUAUCUAUGCCAAUUAGACUGAAUAUAUCUGGUGGUUGCAAGUUAGGAAUACGUAUUUUUGCGCUUUAACACUUAAAAAUAAUCGCCUUUGUUGAAAUGGAUGUUUACGUCUAGAAAUCCUACUUUCGGUUUUAAAAGCGGUACCGUUUGAAAAACAAUAUAUAACUUGCAAACUAGGCUGUAGAUUUAAUUUUAUCUAUGCCAAUUAGAAUAUAUCUGGUGGUUUAAAGGUAGAAAUCCAUCUUUUUUGCACUUUAAAACUUAAAAAUAAUAGCGUUUGUCGAAAUGGACGUAUACGUAUAGAAAUUCUACUUUCUGUUUAAAAAUAAAAAAAAACUUGCUAACUAGGCUAUAGAUUUAAUGACAAUUUUGCACACUUUCAAAUCGCAUCUAUAUGUAUGGAUUAACAUGUAUUUCAUUUCAAGGUGCAUGGCUUUAAGUGGCUUCUUAUUGUUAAUAAAAUGACACAACAUGAAUUCCCUAUACAGAAAUCAACAUUAGGAACUCCUGUACUGAAGUCCCAUUUUUGCUUUCAAUUGAUGGGCUGCAUCUGUUCGACAAUAUUGCUUUUGUUUAGACUCCUUUACAACAGUCGAAACUUGUUAGAUCUGUUAUAAAUCAAAGAAUCUUUUAUGUAGUAAAAAUUCAGUGUGACAUAAAAGCAUGUACAUUUAAAAACAAUAUGUUAUUGUUUUCAAGAAAAGCAGCCAUUUUUUUAUUACGAUAUUGCGAUACAUUUAACGCAGCAAUCGAAACAUGUAUGUAAACUUUAACAUUCACUUUUAUUCAACCAAUCCUCUUGCUAAUAAAUGUUAAAAUUUCACUCAUAUGUAACAACUGGUGGUGUUUUUUGUACUUUUGUCAAUUGCUUUCCUAUAUAAAAUGCGUUUUUUCUUUUGCUAGUUUGCAGUUAAAAUGUUAAUGUACAUAGAUGUAAUAAUGAUGGUGUCUGUGAAGAAAUGCAUGCAUCAACGUGUUCUCAGCCAUACCUGUAACUGAUUUUUUCUGCCAUUAAAAUUAAUCAAUAA